AUGAUCGCGAGGACCUCGUUGCUGGAUCAAAAGAGGAUCCAAUGGGCCAAGGAGAGAGAAGAAAUGACCCGUUUUGGCGGAAAUUGGGGGCUUUUGAAAAAUAACAACAAUUUUCGUAUCAGUUAUCCGAGCGGCAGAAUGACUUUGGCGGAGAUAAAACGGUCAACCUCGAAACCUAUCUGCGCUAGUGGCCUUUUUGGAAGCAGUACCAGCCUGAAAAGUCUAAAUUACAAUGGUGAGAGCACGAUUAAUCUACAAGAGGAACCAGAAGUGGCGAGAAUUAGGCACAGAAAUCCGAGUUUGCCUCCAAUUUAUAACAAAGAUCAACAAUCAUAUAUUUCCCAGAGUCAGCAAAAAGAAUUCUCAUUGAAAAAUAAAUUUGAAUCUCAGCAUAAUCACCGAUUGUGCAACCACGAAACAUCCGAAAAUCACUAUACCCAAGUUGAAGAUCAAGGGGGAGAAACUUCCGGUUAUGCCAGCGAUUCCAUGGACGUUCCAGUAUCUUCUAAAAUUCUAUUGCCAGGUUGCAAGCCUCCAGAGCCACCGAUAGAAAAGAUUUGGCGGAAUCCUUAUUCCACACCUGAAAGUUCACUUCCACCAUCGAGAAGACUGCAAGACAGGAUGGGAGAGCUAAAUAGGCCACGUUGGGACAGCGUGUGGGGUCAGGACACUUCUCACGGAGAUCCCCCACCACCCUCCUGGCUCGCCAGAUUGGGGCAUUCCAGUCAAGUUUUGGUUAUCAACCACGAGAGCGCAAGUAGUUCGGACAGUUCAACGGUUGGUUCCACUGGAUGCGAAAAAACUUAUCUACGAGGGCAGAAUAUUCCUGUCGACGCCAACGUUCUCCAGGAACGAGAAAUUAAAAGGCAGAAAGCUUUGGAGCUUCAGACUGCGAUUAAACGGCAACUCGAAGAGAAAAAUCGAAUGAAGAAAGAAGAAAAAGAAAGGAAGUUGGAGGAAGAACGUUUGGAGGAAGAACGGAUAAAACGAGAAAGGGAAAAGGAAAAAGAAAGGUUCGACGAGGAACAGAGAAGGCAAAGAGAGAGGGAUGCAGCCAAACUGAAAGAAUCCGAGGCCAUGCGAGAGGUCUUAGAAGCUGCAGAACGAUUAGCAAAAGAACAGAAAAAGAUUCUACGCAAAAACAAAUCUCCAAACGAAGAAAAUUCCAAUUCCACCAUAAACUUCCGUUCGAUUGAUUCGAGUCGCAUUCAGUGUAAAAAAACUCCAAACGUUGACGACAGAGACGACAAGACUAAUCAGAAUGGCGCACAAGAAUUAGAGAAAGACACAAAUGAAACAAAGUCGCUGCAAGUUCCUGUAAGCAAGGACGUGGCGAUAGUGCUGAGUGGCAGACUGGAGGACUCGGAGCUCCUCAACGGAACAAAUCUUCAAUUCGUGAACCUUGUUCUCACCCCUACGCCAAGAAACUUCGAAAACAAACUGUGCGGAGGCUUGAAUUUCCCAUCGACGGUGUUUGAGAGGCGAUUGGUUACUCCUACGAAGUUCAGAGCAGCGAUUGGUCGAGACUUUGGAACACAAACUGAUUUAGAUGUCUCUACGCUGGCUCUACGAGGGGAAACUAGGGAUGCUGGAAAGAGGGGCACUGAAAAUGGCGCGACAACUGGGGAAAUAAGUAUGAAAGCCUUUCCCCGGUCGAAAUCCCAGCCGAGGACCAGCAUCGAGUCUAGACCACAAUGGAACGCUAACCGACCCUGCACCAGGUACCGAACGCAAAGCGAAAAGGACCCACACUACCAACGUCGGCUGCGAAUGAGGCGCAGAGUAGAGUCCAGCGAUGAAAGGUCCAGGUAAAGUUCUCCGCUCCAAAAAUUCUCAACUACCACUUGCUUACAAUUCUUUUUUAACAGAUCACCAUCCCUCGACAGAAGGAAGUCGAUAAAAUUGAAGAUUCGACCUACCAGACGGAAGAUAAAGCCAGAAAGUUACGACGCGGACCUCUCGAUGGACAGUUUAAACUCCAUUGUCCGUCUGAGAACCGACGAAGAGGGCCUGACGAACAUUGAAACUCACAAGUACGAACCAAAGAAUUGCCCCGAGUCUUGUAAUGGAACGUCCAACGUCUGGGGCGGAGAAGAAAUCCUGUCGAAGCUUUCCAGCCUAAAAACUGGGCUAUUGAGCAAACAAAUGGAGUGGAAAUCGGAGAGGCUGCAGGUCUCCCCAGCUGCGUCAACGAUCUUCUAAUCGAUCCAUUAAAUUCUUUUUAGUUCGUUUCGUUUCGAUUUUGUAGAAAGUGAGAUUGCGCAGAGUGUGAAGGGGAUUGGCGAGUCGACGAAAUCUUGAGAAUUUCUCUCCGAUUGCAGAUGCGAUGG